GCGCCCACGUAGCGGCACGCGAGCACGCGCGACGGAGUCCACACCACGCGCCACGCCACGCCACCGCCCGCGCGCUAGCUCUUCGUCAGGUCCGUCCGUCCGUCGUCCACGCCCACGACCCCGCGCCACAUGCCGGCCGUCAGCCGGUUCAACGCCCCCGCCGGCCCGGCGCCCAGCAUAUAGCCCCGCACACGCCAUCCCACCACUCGCGACCGCCGACCCCCGACAGGUCCAGAUCAUCCAUCUUCCCCAGCCUCCACAGUUCGAGCUCGGACCAGCUGGUUUAACCGCCAUGGGGUGCGGCUUCUCGACGGGGGCGGCGGGCGGCGGGGGCGGGCUGCGGCCGUUCGCGGGGGUGCGGGUGAUCCACACCAACGGCUACGUGGAGGACUUCCCCGCGGGCGAGGACGGGGCGCCGGUCACCGUCGCGCGCGCCACGGCCUCCUCGCCCUCCUCGUGCCGGUACGUGCUGUGCUCGUCGGCGCACCUGCUGCAGCCGGGCCGCGCGCUGUUCCGGCCGGACGAUGCGCUGCAGCCGGGCACCGUCUACUUCCUGCUCCCGCACUCCAUCUUCCAGGCCGAGUCCUCCGCGGUCGACCUCGCCUGCCUCAUGAACCGCCUCACCGCGCUCGCGCGCAAGGGCGGCGGCCCCGCGCCCAGCGCCGUCGACGCGCUCUUCUCCGGCGACUCCGCCCAGCGCCGCGGCAGCAGCCCCGAGGCCGAGGGGCAGACCGCCAAGCCGCCCCGCCCCGCCGCCAAGAGCUGCGCCGCCGCCGCCGCCGCCUCCGCGGGGCCGUGGCGGCCGCGGCUCGACCGGAUCGACGAGUCCAUGGGCCGCUCCUCCAUGCGGAGCGCCUCCACCCUGAGCAACCGCAGCAGCCAGGACUAGCUAGGAUCUUCCUCUGCUCGCCGCCGUCGCCGUUGCCGCCGUUUCGUUUUUGUUGCUUGCUUGCAGUGAUUUGCAGUAGUUUUGUACCGCCAUCAAUGAACUAGAUUUUCUCCUUCUGUUAGUCGUCCGUUUUCCCUGCUUGUUCAUAAUCAAUCUGUACAUUUGGCAGUGAUUUGUACUAGUAUCAGAAACCAGAUUUCCUACUGUUCUCUUGUCCA